AGGAUCGGAACCGCUAUUAACAGACAAACUCAGAUGAAAGUGCUUUUUGAUAAGUCGAGGAAUAAGGGCUGUAGGAAUGGCAAGAAUAUGACCGUUCAUUUGAAAUGCAAUCAUUUCGAGUGCGGAAAGACGGCAAUACUUAUGAGACGAAAGCGUCGCCGGCGUAUAGUUGGGGGAAAGGAGUCAAACCCGGGUCAGUGGCCAUGGCUGGUGGCCCUUCACGGCGGCCCAGAAGAGGUGUUCUUCUGCGGCGCUGUAUUGAUAUCCGAGAGGUGGGUCCUGACGGCCGCCCACUGUAUUGGAAACCAAACCGAUGUGAAGGGCUGGACAGUGAACUUAGGGGUCACCCGACGGACUGCAUCGCCAUUCUCCGUACGAAAGCGCAAAGUAUUGCAUCUCUUAAAGCACCCGGGCUUUAAUCCCAGCGCUAACAUGUAUUCAAGUGAUGUCGCACUCAUACUACUGGACACAGCCGUGGACUUCGACGAGUUUCUGCGACCCGUUUGUCUGCCUCCCAGUCCUCAAACACGUCUUACAACAGGCACAUUAUGCACAGUGAUUGGUUGGGGCAAAAAAAUUCACGACGACGACGCCGACUAUCUAUCGGCCAUACAUGAAGUGGACGUACCUAUAGUUGACCACAACAUGUGUAGGGAAUGGUAUGAGAAACAGGAUGUCGUUAUACCGGACACAAUGCUAUGCGCCGGCUAUGAGUUGGGUCGGAAAGACGCCUGUCAGGGCGACAGCGGGGGCCCAUUGCUCUGUAGGGACAGUCAUCACAAUUGGUUUGUGGCCGGAGUGGUCAGUUGGGGUAUUAACUGCGCUCAGCCUCAACUGCCAGGAAUCUAUACAAACGUUCCGAUGUUUAUGGACUGGAUUGAA